AUGGGUGUGGUGGGCAAGAAGCGUGGUGCUGGAGGAGCAGCAGCCUCGAGGGGCAAGUCUCCCAGCUCCCAGGACCAGAGACUCCACCGGGAGGGGGGGGGCAGGGACAGGAAGGAGAAGAAGCCAGGGGAAGCUGAGGAAGACCUGGAAGAUGCAAGCUUCCCCCUGUCUCUGUUGGAGGGGGAGGACUUGGCUGAGCAACAGGUGCCUGAGCAGGAGCUGGAAGCCAUCAGACUGAAGCUGUGGGCCACACAGCAGGCCCACAGGCCGGAGACACCUGGGGCGCAGGGCCAGGCAGGGGAGGAGGAGGGUGCAGAGGGCACAGGGGCCACACUGGCCAGGCUGCUGCUGAGCCCUGAGGCAGGUAGCCCCUGCCCAGGGACCCCCACGGGGAAGGUGAAGUGGGACCACAGAUCCAUCUACAUGGUGGAUUACGGGAGCACAGCUGAGGAGCUGGAAGCCUACUUCGACCCCUGUGGGGAGGUGCACCGGGUCACCAUCCUACGCAACAAGUUCUCUGGACACCCCCAAGGGGUCAGUGCCAGCCAGGCAGCAGGUUACGCCUACAUAGAGUUUGCGGCCAAGAGCUCAGCCCAGGCUGCAGUGGAGCUGGACCAGAGCAUCUUCCGAGGCCGAGUCAUCAAGGUGCUGCCCCAAAGGACCAACUUGCCAGGGAUCAGCUCCACCGACCGUGGAGGCUUGCGAGGCCAGCCCCACGCCAGAGGACAACCAUUGCCCCUCAGCAGCCUCCAGGGCGGGGCCCGCUUCAAACGACAGGGGCGGAGCCGGGGCCGUGGCAGGUUCUCUCCGUGGUAUUCGCCGUAUUGA